AAUUUAUUCGGGAAGUUUGUUCAAAUCUCUCUCUUCCCGUCUGUAUCUCAUUCUAUUGCUCUCCUUCUUCUGCCAGCUAUGCAGCCGCCGCCCUACGAGACUGCCUUUCUCCGGCGACGACCCCGAUGAUAGUUGGGAACCAGAAUUUUUCGUUUCAACUGCUUUCAUUUGAGCUUUCUUAAGGAAAAAAUUGUAUAGAGAAUUCAUGCAAGGGUACUGAUGUACGAGUUGGAGCUAGUCUAUACAAGAACAAAGUUUAUGCUUAUCGGUUAAUGAGCUUUGAAUCCAAACCCUACGUUAUCUUUCUUAAGCUCGAAGAUUGAAAGAAAAACCCCUAGUCGAACUUAAUGGGAGAGUUAGAGAAUUCCUCACCAAUGGCGGUUUCUAUAGCUUCUGCCGGAGAGGCUAGUGUAUCUUCCUCCGGCUACCAAACGACGCCUGUUCCUGUUGACGCAGUACUUCCGAAGAAGAAGCGCAACCUCCCUGGAAUGCCUGAUCCGGGUGCGGAAGUGAUUGCUUUAUCGCCGAAGACUCUAAUGGCGACGAAUCGUUUCGUUUGUGAGAUCUGCAACAAAGGCUUUCAGCGUGAUCAGAAUCUUCAACUUCACCGCCGAGGACACAACUUGCCAUGGAAGCUACGGCAACGAACGACGAAAGAGAUACGGAAAAAAGUUUACGUUUGUCCAGAGGCUUCGUGCGUUCACCACAAUCCGGCACGAGCUCUCGGUGAUCUCACUGGAAUCAAGAAGCACUUUUGUAGAAAACACGGUGAGAAGAAGUGGAAGUGUGAGCGGUGCUCGAAGAAAUACGCCGUACAAUCUGAUUGGAAAGCGCACAUGAAAACUUGUGGUACCAGAGAGUAUAAAUGCGAUUGCGGAACUUUAUUCUCAAGAAGGGAUAGCUUCAUAACGCAUAGGGCUUUCUGUGAUGCGUUAGCGGAGGAAAGCGCUAGGUCUCAAACCCUAGCAAUUAGCUCAGACGCUGGGAAUUCCAAUGUAAAGGUAGCGGUGGCUUCGCCGCCUCCGCCGCCUCUGACUCCGUCGGCCUCUGUGAUGUCUCCUUCUUUGUCGAUUCAGAGCUCAGAAUUGCCUGAUAACGGAGUAGGUCUUUCUCCACCGACGCCGGCGGCCACAACUGUCUUGACUACCAAUUCCACUGCCACCACUUGCUCCAGUAGUAAUGGCAGUAGCACUAGUACUGUAUUUGCCAGCAUAUUUGCUCCUUCAAGCGUUGCCCCAGUUCCUCACCCAUCCCAUGCAUUAGCUAAUUCCUCAUUCUCCAAUUUAAUGGCUGGCCGCUCACAUUGUUCCACUACUCUUCCAACAGUUGCCGAUUUGGAGCCCACAUCCCUCUCUCUCUCUACAUCACUUUACUUGUCCAACAAUGGCGGCUCCUCUCUCUAUCAAACACAAGACCAGCCCGAGCACCGCAACUUUAGCUCAUCACCACUGCAGCCUCCAGCCAUGUCUGCAACGGCAUUGCUUCAAAAAGCAGCCCAAAUGGGUGCAGCGGCUUCAAAUGCCUCGCUGUUGUGCAGUUUUGGCUUGACAACAUCAACAUCAUCCUCCUCCGGCAAAGACAGUCUUGCAACGCAGUGGAAUAGUACUCAAAUAAAGCCGGAAAGUGUUGCGUCGACAGUGGCAGCUGGGCUUGGGCUUGGGCUUCAGUCUGGUGGAAAUUCUGGCUUGACAGAUCUAGUCAUGGGCCCAUCGUUGACUUUCGGGAGUCAGCCGAUGACGCGUGAUCUUCUUGGUCUGAGCAUAGGUGGAGGCGGCGGUGGUGGUGGUGGUGUUGGGGCUUCUACGGGUGGGCUUUCUGCUUUGCUCAAUUCCUUGGGCGGUAGCGGUGGUUUUGAUAUUACAGCACCUUCAACUUACGGAGGGGGUGGUGGUCGGAGCUCACCUGGAGGCACAUGGGAAGGUCAGCAGGAGAGAAAGCCAAAUGGACCGGCUUUGCUCUAGGUAGUGCCUUAUUUGGCUGUUAGUUUUAGUGAAAGAGUAAAUAAUUGCACUCUGUAGGACUCUCCUUGUAGGCAACUCACCUUGUUUUAACAGGUUCUUUUUUCCUUGACAUUUCGGAGAAGGAUAGUAGAGUUGGUCUUUUAGAUAUAUCUUAGAAGUCUUUGGUAAUUUAAGCUGAAUAUAAAGUAUUUACUUUGCGAUGA